GGGUUUGUGCCUGCAAACUUCGUAUGACCAGGGAGAUGACCAGUCCUUAAUUUCACUCGAUAGAUAUUACGCUGCUGUACUGGUAAUGCGUUCGUGCGUGUAGAUGACACACUUCCGCUUAUGACCGAUAGCAUAUUACACCAUACAGUGAAACAUAUUGCUUUCAUUGUCAUCGUGCAAUAUAUAUCUACAUUCUGUUCGGGAACAAGGGAAUGAGAGUCAGUAUAAAUGUUCAACGUUAGACUGUGUAAAACAACUAUUACAAGUCAUGGCGACCGGUUCACAGAAUGCUAAGAAAGCAAUGGAGUGGGCUACCGAAAAAUAUUGUGAUCAAAAUAAUGUGUGUUGGCCUAUUGCAGGAAAACAUAUUCUCGCUCAGUUUGACGAACAUAGUGUAGUCGUGUACCAGGCGUUUUGUCCAGCAAUCGCUAAGUACGCUGUUGACCACCAACGGUUUGGAGGUGACAAAUUUUCGUUCAGUCGGAUGUCAUGGAUCAAGACGAAUUUCCUGUGGAUGAUGUAUCGUUGCGGCUGGGCGUCUAAGCCUAACCAGGAGCGAGUCCUGGCUGUUCGAAUCACUCGGGAAGGUUUUGAUGAGAUCCUCUCCAAAGCGUAUACUCCUCAAACACAGGCAACAGCAGGCCUUGGGAAGGAGGAGAUUGAAGUGCGACUACAAUGGGACCCAGACCACGCCCCUAACGGUGACAAGAUGGACAGGAGAGCUAUACAGAUGGGACUCAAAGGAGAGACACUACGAAAGUACGCCACGGAGUGGAUCGUUAGCAUACGCGAUGUCACCGAUUUCGUAAAAGAGCAGUCCAAGAACACGGAUAGGAAAAGAUUGAAUUUGCUCGAUGUAGCACAAGAGCGUGUUUACCCAGUCUCGAACCCUAAGACUGCACAGCUGAUUGGGUUAGGAGGGAGCUGAACCAACCUUAGGAUUUCUGUCAAUCUAGAGGGAGAGUGGGACUAAAAAUCGACACGGGAACUUGGCCGCCAUUAGUCCAGAUUACCUCAUCAGUGUGCCUAAUUAUCUUCUGCAGAGACAAUCUGAUUCUGAUUGAUGCGAUGAACAAUCUUCAUACACGCCAUAUAGUAUAGUUAAAACAUGCCAUAUGAUUGUGUUCGUAGAUGGCUUUUCUUUCUGAUAAGAAGACCAUUUGACUUACAACAUUGAUGGUUCUGUUUUAUUUAUUGAAAGUAAUAUGGAGAAAACUAACUGAAGAUUAGUUGUGCAUAGUUCAUGAGUAUAGGCCUAACAGUAAUUUAUAGUCAUAUAAAUACGAUGAGGAUCUUAGUCAUAUUCAUCGAAUGACUCGCUUACAAGUACAAUGAACUGUUUGUUUGUUAUGUGAUGUAUUUAGGUAACUUAAUGAUACUCAAUUAUUGAGUUAGAAAUUAAAUGGGCAAACAUUUUUGAUUAUGAUAGCUCUUUGUCAAAAGUAAAAGCA